AAAAAACCACUUGUUUCCUCAUAUUCUCUCUUUAAAAAAAAAAAAAAAAAUCUUUUCUUCUUCUAUCAUCUCCGCAAACUCCAACAUCUCUCGCUCAAAAAGAAGGAGCCAUGAAUGGUGAAGAAAGCUUCGUAGAAGAUUGCUCUGAGUUUGUUGAAGUUGAUCCUUCAGGAAGAUAUGGAAGAUACAAGGAAGUACUUGGCAAGGGAGCUUCGAAGACAGUAUACAGAGCCUUUGAUGAGUACGAAGGGAUAGAAGUGGCAUGGAACCAAGUCAAGCUUCGAAAUUUCACGAGAAAUCCUGAGCAGUUGGACAAAUUCUUCAGAGAGAUUCAUCUGCUCAAGACCUUGAAUCAUCAGAACAUCAUGAGAUUCUAUACUUCAUGGGUUGAUACUGACAAUUUAUCAAUCAAUUUUGUCACUGAACUUUUCACCUCCGGCACUCUUAGACAGUAUAGGUUGAGACAUAGAAGAGUGAAUAUUAAAGCGGUGAAGCAAUGGUGUAAGCAGAUUCUAAAAGGGCUUCUCUAUCUCCAUAGCCGUUCUCCUCCGAUCAUCCAUAGAGAUCUCAAAUGCGAUAACAUCUUCAUCAAUGGAAACCAAGGUGAAGUCAAGAUAGGUGACCUUGGACUCGCUGCUAUUCUUCGUAAAUCACAUGCUGUUCGCUGCGUUGGUACUUUCGAAAACUUCACCUUUAUUGGCUUUUUAAUAAUGUCUUUGAAACAUAACUGGACCUACCUACUUAUGUUUGUGUGUUUGUUUAAAGGAACCCCUGAGUUUAUGGCACCAGAAGUUUAUGAUGAGGAGUACAAUGAGCUGGUUGAUGUAUAUGCUUUUGGAAUGUGCGUGUUAGAGAUGGUCACUUUCGAUUACCCUUACAGUGAAUGCACUCACCCUGCACAAAUCUACAAGAAAGUUACUUCGGGGAAGAAGCCUGAAGCUUUCUACUUAGUGAAGGACCCUGAGGUUCGUGCCUUCGUUGAGAAGUGUUUAGCCACCGUGACGUCUAGGCGUACUGCUUUGGAGCUUUUGCAAGACCCUUUCUUACAAGAUGAUGUUAAUGGAUUUGAUCUGAGACCUACUGAUUACUACAACGGUUAUGAUGAAACUGGUGUGUUCCUUAGACAACCUCUCAUGGAUCCUGAUCAGCUUGAGCCACAGAUAUGUGAGAUCAAUCUUUUCGCUCAAGACGAUGAAGAAGACUCUGACCAUGUCGAUAUUUCGAUUAAAGGGAAGAGAAACGGUAAUGAUGGGAUCUUCUUGAGAUUCAGAAUCUCUGAUGCAGAAGGACGUAUAAGGAACAUAUACUUCCCGUUUGAGACGGCUAUAGACACAGCGUGGAGUGUAGCAGAAGAGAUGGUGUCUGAACUCGACAUAACGAAUCAAGACGUUGCGAAAAUCGCGGAGAUGAUCGAUGCGGAGAUUUCUGCUUUGGUACCUGACUGGAAGAUUGAUGAUCACAACGUUACAGAAAGUGAAUCAAACGUGAACAACAACAAUGGAAGAUUCUGUGGGAACUGUGCUUCUAACGGGUACAUACAAGAGACAGUAUCAUCAAACAGUGAACUCUCGGGAGAAAAAUCUCACCAACAUCAUCAUCAUCAGUUUGAUGACAGAAGCUGUUCUUCGGUACACGGUAGGUUUGAGGAGAUAAGUUACCAAGUGGAAGGAGAAGGACAACACGGAGAUGGAGGCGAUGUUGUUGUUGUGUGUGGAGAAGGUGGUAAUAAUAACAGGAUUCAUUAUGCGGAUAUUUGGGGAUUGAGAGAUUCGCGUUCUGAUGAUGGAGAAGAAGAGCACGGUACGUCGGUGAGUUUGAGUAGGAGGAAGAAGGUAAGAGGUGAGUGGUGGUCGGAGAAUGAGAUAAGGAGAGAGUUGAGAUGGCUAAAGGCAAGACAUAAGAUACAGCUUGAUCAUCAAAGGCUAAAGGCACCGACGGAGUCAGAUUCACCGCCUCUUCUUUAUAGGGCGAUCUCGCUUCCCGUCGACGCCGUUGAUAUAUGAGAUUGUAAUGUUUAAUUACUGAAAGCUGAAACUUACGUUUUAUGAGAACAUCUAAUCGAAAGGGCUUACAGUUCAAAUA